CGCGACGAGGCGUGAUGACGUCAGCGGCAGCGCGCCAUUGCGUUUCAACGCGUGUUUCUCUGCAGAAGUAGCUGUUUGUGUUUUUCGCUGUCCUGGUUUUCCAUUCCGUUUGUAUUAGGCCUACUCUGUAACAUCACGAGUACAGGUUUUUAAGAGCAGCUCUGAUGGGAUUGUGAUCACGUGUUUGCUGUUACUCUCUUUUUCCGUCCAUCAUGGAGGCUCUGACCCAGGCUCUCUCCUCCAGCUUCUCUGUAUCCAGGGAACCAAACAGCACUUCUGCGCCCCAUCCACGCCUGGCCCAGUACAAGAGCAAAUACAGCGUUCUGGAGCAGAGUGAACGGCGCAGGAGGUUCCUGGAACUGCAGAAAGAAAAGAGGCUAAACUACGUGAAUCACGCCCGUCGGCUGGCUGAUGGAGACUGGACCGGAGCUGACAGCGAGGAUGAGGAGGAGGACGAAGAGAAGAAGAGUCAGCGGCAGCUGGAGAACAGCGCUGAUGAAGAAGGGAUGGAGAUCGAGCAGAAGAAAAGGCUACCGAAACAUUAUGCCAACCAGCUGAUGCUGUCAGAGUGGUUGGUGGACGUCCCUGCAGAUCUGAGCUCUGAUUGGCUGAUGGUGGUUUGUCCAGUUGGAAAGCGUUCCCUCGUUGUUGCCUCCAAGGGAUCCACAUCAUCUUACACCAAAAGUGGCUACUGUGUCAAUCGAUUCCCUUCUCUUAUUCCCGGCGGCAAAAGACACAACUCUGCAUUGGGCAAAGAUUACACCAUCCUGGACUGCAUCUACAGUGACGUAGACAGAACAUACUACAUCCUGGAUGUCAUGUGCUGGAGGGGACAUCCUGUGUAUGACUGCUCAACAGAGUUCCGGUUCUACUGGCUGCAGUCUAAAGUGGAAGAGGUUGAAGGUCUUUCUGAAAUUUCCAAGAUUAAUCCUUUCCGGUUUGUGAGUUUGAACAGCAUCAGCUGUUCAACAGAGUCCAUCCAGACGGCUCUUGCACAUGAGUACAACUUUACAGUGGACGGGCUUCUUUUCUACCACAAGGAGACCCACUACACCCCUGGCAGCACGCCGUUGGUCGGCUGGCUCAGACCGUAUAUGGUGGCAGAUAUCUUGGGCAUCGAGGUGCCACAGUGUCCCCUCACCAGCAAGCCUGAUUAUGCCAGCCAUCAGCUUCAGCAGAUCCUGGAGCACAAGAAAACCUCUACAGAAGUUCGUCCGGCCGACCAAAACGGCCGAUAUGAACUGGAACAUCUGUCCACCCCAGAGACGCAGCUGGAGAAGUCUCACAACGCUCAGAAAGAGAGCAUGGAUGUCUGAGGACUUCUGCAUGAUCUGUUUUAGAGAGCACUUUUCUCAAGUCUGUGCAUGACCACGAAGAUGAUCACGUUUCAGGAGAGCACUGAUGUCUAUGAGUUUUUAUAAUUGCUAUAUUUAAAAUUGCAAUUCAGUUCUAAGUAACUCAGAUGGAGCCAUUUCUGUAACUGUAAUUGCAAAAAUUAAACUAUUCUGCUUUUUUGCAGAUAUUAUUUUAGGAAACAUAGGUUUAAAGGAUAGUGACCCUCCUGCUCUGCUGUGUUAACACUCUGUUUAGUCACGCAUCUUCAUUGGAUUUUAUAUAUAGCUUUUUAAUUCUAUCUUUUCUGUAGAAGAUGAGAUUAAGAUUCUCAUGUGAAGAAACCUAUGAAUAGUUUUUUUUUUAUUUGUGUUAUGACUUCAAAUAAAGUUUUACUGUCUGUUUUGUUUA